AUGGAAAAGGCUGAGGUUGCACCUGCGCCGCUGGCGGAGGCAUACUCACGUUACCAGGGUGGUUUGUGUCGAUGGAGGCUGGUAUUGUUACAUGAGGCGCUGCUGACUGUAGCUCGGCGGAGCGAAGAUGAGAGUGAGGACUGGCAGCGGCGGACUCCGGGGCGUGGCCCAGGCUUGCAGAGGGCCGGCUGCCGCGGGCUGAAGCUUGAAGGCCCUUUCUCGCAAGAGAAGGAGAUGGUGUUUUUUGAGAUCGGAUUGUGGGGUGUGCUGAAGUGUAAGAGGAUGCUGAAGAUAAUGGUGGAUGUCUUGAAGGUGGAGGUGAUGGCAAGCCACGGCGUCUUGGGGUACGAGAAGCGGCGCGGCUGGGCCGACGACCGCGCGGUGGUACUGGAGGCUCGGUUGCGGUGUCCUGUGGUGGAGCACAGGUGCUCCUUGCAUCGGUGCGAUGCGGCGAAGGAUCCUGGGCAACGAGGAAUUCGUCAUCUGGCAAACAGAAGUGGCUCACACAAGGACCGUCAUGUGGGCCAGAUCAUCAUGGCACAUGUGCCAGAUGUGGGCCGAAUCUUGGCUGACACAAUGUUGCUAUCUGGGAAAUGGCACCCUAAACACUUGCGGUCUUCCUUGGAUAUGUUUCUGCUUCUGUUAUCAGGAUUUAUCAGCUUCGGCUUGAGUGUCCCUCGUCAUUAUGUCUUUGUGAAUGAAUCCAAGACUUGGGCAGAAGCUCAGAGAUACUGUAGAGAUAAAUACUCUGAUCUGGCCUCUAUUGAAAAUGAUCAAGAGACGAUCCAGUUAAUGGACACAGUGAAUGAUGAUUCCAUUGAUUUGGCCUGGAUUGGACUCUAUGAUGAUCUGAACACCUGGAAAUGGACUCUAGAGGACAGUGAUUUCUUCAAUGAUAUUUAUCAGGAAGGAGAGAGAGAUUACAGGAACUUCAAUAAUCAACCAGACAACAGUGGUGGGAAUGAACUGUGUGUUUACAUGGAUUAUAAUGGCAAAUGGUAUGAUAUGUCAUGUGACAACACGCUGCCAUUCAUCUGCUAUGAUGGUAAAGAAAAUGCCACACAGAGUUACAUCAGAAUCAGUGAUGAGAAAACCUGGUCAGAGGCUCGUAGAUACUGCAGAGAGCAUUACACAGAUCUUGCCAAUUUGAGAAAUCAGACUGAGAACCAGAUGAUCCUUGAGAGAUCAGGUGGAGGAGGCUGGAUCGGACUGUACAGAAACAGGGUUUGGUCUGACAAACAAAUGACCAAUUAUGAAAACUGGAAACCAGGCAUUCCUUAUUCACCAGCGCAGCCAGAUAAUGGUAUAAAUGAUAAUGGGCAGAUAGGUUCUCAGCACUGUACUGCUGUUUCACUCAAAGAUGCCGGACGAUUUACCGAUGAGAACUGCUUUUCCAGCAUCCCUUUCUUCUGCUACAACAGAACCUGCACACAAUCUUCAUGCACCCGCCAGUAUCACUUUGUUUCUGAGAAUAAGACCUGGUUUGAAGCUCAGAGAUUCUGCAGAGAGAAAUACAUUGAUCUGGCCACCAUUGAUAACAUGGAGGAAAUGAACAGUCUGAUCAACACAGUUAAUGGGAGUUACAAUGGUUCAGCCUGGAUUGGACUGUAUGAUGAUCUGAACAGCUGGAGAUGGUCACUGGAUAAUAAAGCGUUAGAGGGAGGUUAUAAAAGCUGGUGUCUUUAUCCACAAUUGAACUGGGGUGGACAGAGACUGUGUGUGAACAUGCAUGCUUUCUAUGGUCGAUGGGAGAUGGUUUCCUGUUCCAAUUUGUCUCCUUUUGUUUGCUAUGAUGAAAAUGUCAGUACAAAUUAUGUGUAUGUUAACCAAUUAAAAACCUGGACUGAAGCUCAGAGUUACUGCAGAGAGCAUCACACAGACCUCGUCAGUAUCAGGAAUGAGAAUGAAAUCCAUAAGAUUCAGUAUUUAUUCAAGAAUGAAUUUCAUUACUUUUGGAUUGGACUGUACAGAACCAGAUCUUGGUCAGAUCAGAGCAACUCUUCAUUCAGUAACUGGGGAAUUGGACAGCCAGAUAAUGCUGGAAACAGUGAAUCCUGCACCACAGUGUCAUUCAGUGACUCUGGGAGCUGGACAGAUGAAAACUGUGAUAUUGCAUUUCCUUUCAUUUGCUACAGUGUGUCAUCUUUGACAUCAUCCCGUCAGUAUCAUUUUGUGAAUGAGAAUAUGACCUGGACUGAAGCUCAGAGAUACUGCAGACAGAAUUACACUGAUCUGGCCACCAUUGAUAACAUGGAGGAAAUGAACAGUCUGAUCAACACAGUUAAUGGGAGUUACAGCGGCUCAGCCUGGAUUGGACUGUAUGAUGAUCUGAACAGCUGGAGAUGGUCAUUGGAAAACAAUGAUUUCUAUCAGGAAGGAGAGAGAGAUUUCAGGAACUGGUAUCAGGAACCAAACAACUAUGGUGGAAAUGAAAUGUGUGUUUACAUGUACUGGGAUGUCUGGUUUGAUGCACCAUGUGACAGUUAUGUGGCAUCUAUAUGCUACGAUGGUAAGACAUUUCAUGGAUGA